AUGUGUAUCCUCGGCUACUUCCGCCUGUGGCUCAGCUGCCGCCGGGUGCGACGGUGUCGCGCGGGUCUUCCGUGGCAUUAUGGGAAGGAUGCUUACCGAAGUGGAGGACCAGAUCUCCAUAACUUCAUCUCAUCUGGAUUUGUCACAUUAGGAAGAGGACACACGAAGGAGAAGCCACGGGUGAACAACAUCCUGACAUCAGCCACCGAGCCCUAUGACCUCUCCUUCUCCCGCUCUUUCCAGAACUUGGCCCACCUGCCCCCGUCCUAUGAGUCUGCAGUGAAGACCAACCCCAGCAAGUACUCAUCUCUGAAGAGGCUGACAGACAAAGAGGCUGACGAGUACUAUAUGAGGCGGCGACAUCUGCCUGACCUGGCGGCCCGUGGCACCCUUCCCCUCAACGUCAUUCAGAUGUCCCAACAGAAGCCGCUGCCGCGGGAACGACCGCGCCGGCCCAUCCGGGCCAUGUCCCAGGACAGGGUCCUGUCCCCACGGCGGGGCCUGCCAGAUGAGUUCGGUAUGCCCUAUGACCGCAUCCUGUCCGACGAGCAGCUGCUAUCCACCGAGCGCCUGCACUCACAGGACCCGCUGCUGUCCCCGGAGCGGACGGCCUUCCCCGAGCAGUCGCUGUCCAGGGCCAUCUCGCACACGGACGUCUUUGUGUCCACACCUGUGCUGGACCGCUACCGCAUGACCAAGAUGCACUCCCAUCCCAGUGCCUCCAAUAACUCCUACGCCACCCUGGGACAGAGCCAGACAGCGGCCAAGCGCCACGCCUUCGCCUCACGCAGACACAACACGGUGGAGCAGCUGCACUACAUCCCGGGCCACCACACCUGCUACACAGCCAGCAAGACUGAAGUGACCGUGUGACUGUCAGGGCGGGGCCCGGGCUGCUGGGCAGGGCAGGGCAGGGGUGAGGAGGGGCCAGGAGCAGAGCUGCUAGCCUUGCAAUUCUUCCUUCCUUUGUCCCCUCCCUAGGAGGUGGGGGUGGGCCACCUUUGUCCAGAAAGCCAUACCCCCGAGGAUACAGCCCGAGGCCUGGCCCGGCACAGCAUGCUCAGACCCAGGACCUAGAGCGAUUGCUGUCACUCUUCCAGAGAGUUAACAGGGAGCGGGGAGAGGGGCCAGACCCCAUUCUCACACCCCGCCACCUUCACCAACCCCCUUUCAGUCCCACGCCCCCUUCUCCCCCUGCUGGGGACUCAGCUGCAGGUUCUGUCAGCCAAGAGACCUCCGCCCAACCCUGGUCCAAAGCUGCCUGGGUUUGAACGGGCCAGCGGGCGCAGUCAGCGGGCUGACCGAAUAGGCUACUCGGUCUCAUUCAUUUACCUAGAACCGCAUCACAGAAAUCUUUUAGUGCCUAAAAACUGCCUGCUCGCCCCUCAGAGCCGGGGAGCUGCUGUGUCCAUAAGCACAAUAAUGAUUCUUUUCUUGCCUGCUGGAACUCUGGUCCCCACUGAGUGCCCCUUCCCUCGCUGACCCCUGCCAGCCCCACCCUUAACCCCCGGGACAGGGAGGGGUUCCCUUCCUUUGGCUGCCUCCCCUCGUUAGGAACCCCACCCAGUUCCAGCUGGUUGCUCACCCACAGGAUCCCUGGCCUGUCCUCUGGGGGGGGGGGCGGGGCUUUGCUCCUCCCCCAGCCCUAGAGACUGCACCCCUGAAGGGCUUUAGCUCUGGCCCUUUCAGAGGGGAGUAGCGAUGGGAUGCAGGGACUCUUGGAGUGCCCUCUCCAGCUACCUGGUUAUCUCCACACUUCCUCCAGGCCUCUAGGUCUGAACCAUGACCCCCACUCAAGCCUGUCUUCUCCUGCUCCUGGAGGCACCUGCAGUGGACAGAGAGCCAGGGUGGGGAGGGUCACUGUGAUGCCUGGGGUCUUGGCUGGGCCCUGCCUGCCUCCCACCAUGUACCUCAGGCAAGACUGAGGCAGACGCUUCUAGAGAGAGGCUGCUUGGCCCCCAAACAAGGAGGACUUGAGACCCAGGGGCUUGUCCUGCACCCCACACACUCCACUCCUCUUCCCCCAUCCCUGCCCACCUGCCCUGCCCCUGCUCUGUUUAGAUCUCUCUCUGCCUGUCCCCCUUCCCCCCACCUCCCGUCCUUCCUCAGCUCCGUCACUGUCUGGGGCUGCUGCUGCUUCCGUUCCAUGCCUCCUCUGGAUCAAAGGGACAAAGUCCUAUUAGGAAAAGCAAAUAAUGGUACUCCAGGCUAUUGGUCUGGGGGAUAACGGGGCAGCUCCCCACCCCAUCAGUCCCUCCCUGCAGUUCCACUUCCUCAGCCCUGUGGGGAGCUGUCACUGCCAGCCCACCUCAGCCCCUUCUCUGUCUCUAAGCUGGGGGUAGGGGGCAGGGUGUGCUGGCCUUCUGGGAGCUGGCAGUGAACUCAGCAGCGUCCACUCUCCCAGACCAGAGUCUGGGGGAGAGAGGGAGGGGCUCCCUCAUUCUCAGGGCCAGGGCACCUUCCUGGGCUGGGGCUGGGGGAAUCAGCUCCAGACUAUUGGGUAAAGGUGUGAUGCUAAAACCACGACUGACACCACAGUCAGACUCCUAAUGCCCUUAAACAAGAUCUUACAUUCCCUCUGUUCUGCAUGUAUGGCUCUAUAAAUAAGUGGGGGUGCAGAACUCAGUGUCUGCCCUGGGAAUUUUUAAUCUAACCAAGCCCACAAACCGCAGAGAAAUCAAUGGACUGCUUCCUCUCACUGAUUUCAAGAAUUCCAAAGCUCUUGUCUCCUUCUCCCCACCCCAGGGUUUGCCUCCUAGCAUGAAGGAAAUAAUCGCAUGAAUCAUGGGGGACUGAAGGCUGGGGGAUGGGAACGCAGCCCUUGGCUGGCUUUCCCACAGGAGAGGUGUUCCCAGGACGUGCGUCUGUGAGGCCAGGGUCAACUCUCUCUGCUUUCCUGCCUACAAACACAUAAACCUUCUUAGGGGCUGGUCCCCAUGGGUUUAUAAGGGUUUGUUCCAGAAGGUGCAGCUAAGGUUUGGAAAGGAGGAAAUCAGUCUAAAUAGAGCCUUUGGUCACUCCCAGAACACAGGUAUGUCUGAGAGCUGGGUCCCUGAGCCCAGCACCCUUUAAUCCUCUCCUCCUCAGCUAGGCCCCUUGAAGGCCACCUCUGGGGUGUUGAGGGGGUCGGGGGGGGGGGCGGGAAUACAGCCUCUCCCCAGGUGUCUACACACACCAAACCAGGAUCCUGGAACCUGAUCUCAUAGCUGUCUAAGCGUGUUCUGGGCACCAAGUUCUCCAGCCUUAGGGUGAAGCUUUUCCCUGGGGCUCCUCCCUGAGCCCUGCUCUGACAAAGUGUCUACCUGUCUCGGGGCUGAGGGAGGGUGGGGGGUGUUAAUAGGCUAAUUCUCAAACAUUUCUCAUCCCAGCCUGACCACUGUCUGGUUUAAAACGUCUGGUGUCAGCUGGAUCAGAAAAUUCGACUUGAACGCUUACUUCUUUUAAAGAAUUCCUUCUGCUUCACCUUUGGGUCUGGAGGGGAGGAAGGAAGGAAUGGAAGAAGGGAGGGAAGGAAGAGAGAUGGGUCUACAAACUAGCUCCAGUAUAGCCCCAUUUCAAAAUCCAGACAAGUAUGUCUUAACUGGGACAUGGAGGUAUCUCAUUUAUUCAGUUGUCCCAUGCAACUUUACAGAACAAGCAAAGCCACAUUAACAGACAAGUUCAUGUAGCAGAUGAGAGGGUUUUGGGGCUGGAACCCAGAUGUCCUAACUUUCAGGCUGCUGGCCUCCAGCAUGCAUAGACAGACCAUCUUCCCCCACAGUAAAAGCCCCUCCCCUAGCAAGAAAAGCCUGAAGCCCAAGAUCCCCCCCUGCUCAUUUGUUCUUUGCACGCAUUUGCAUCAGGGGUCUGCACAGGUGUUCUCCUGCCCUGACAGCUCUUCCUGGUCACCUUGGCCUUUGAUGGCAUCAAAGCUCUCACAGUCCCUUGUGUCCUUCCACUUUUCCUGCCUGGCCUCCUCCAGUUAUCUCCCGGCCUCAUGUGUUCAUGAGCCACAAAGGCUUUACCAAGAAUUCCUUAACCUCCUAACUCAGCCCCCUGUACCAGUUCACUCUUUCCUUUCUCUCAUCUCCCUCCUCCUCCAUUUACCUUCCUCCCUCAUUUCUUUUCCCUGGUCCUGCUGUAGUCUCUGGUUCUAAACAUCAGAGUUCUCAAUGUAAACAGUGAAGGAGUCAGACCUUCCUCAGGUCUUCCCUCCCUGCACCUGUGAGACGACACCCCAGGGCAGGGAGCCGGGCUCUCCCCCUGUGAUCUUCCAGAGGGAAGGGGGAGGGACUUCCGGGUCAGGCAUAACUGCUCCACACUCAGCUUUGGUUCCUGCAUCCAGCAAGUCUGCUCGAGCUCCCAACCCAGCCUGCUACUAGCCCAGAGGCUCCUGCUCUGGCCAAAGACUCAUAUCCUCGGAGGCUCUUGGCCACUGCUCCACCACUCUUACCCCCUUUCCUGCUUGUGAGUGCCACAGUCCCCCUUUGUCCCAAAACAUUUGAGGGCCUCGUGAUUCUCCAAGCAUGGACAUAACGUUUGUACCAACAUCCCUGCCACCCAACUCAAACCCAACUUAGAGAUACCUUGUCUGCCACCAGCCUCCCACCCACGGAUUCCUUCCACAGGCAACUGUGGACUUGACCCAAGGUAAGAGGAAAGGGUUUCCGACCACAUGGACCCUAGAAGGCGCCUGCUCUGAGAAGAGCUGACAUGUUACCUUCCACAUACAUUCCCUUGCCACCUUCUCCGAAUCUGGGAAACUUUGCUCUGGAAUAUUUUCAAGGAAGCUCCUUGCGUGUUAAUGAAGUACUUUUCAGGGUUCAAAUGUUAUUUUUUAUAAAUGCAGCAUUUUAUGGCAGAUUCAAUAGGAAAGAUAUGUCUUCCUGGGCUCUAUAUUUGAAUUUGGAAGGCAGCAUACUCUAGGAGAGAAAAGUGCAGGGCUAAGGCUCUGGAGAUACAGCUUCCAGCCCCGACUUUGUCUCCUGAUUGCUGUAUGACCAAGGGCAAGUCAUGUCCCCGCUCAGUGCCUAAGUUUCCCCACCUGUAAAACAAGGGGCUUCGACUAGAUGAGCUCUUACACUCUAGGGCUUUCAUUCCCCUUCAGCACCCCCUCCUUUCUGCACAUUCCUCCCCAACUGAACUGCACACACCCCACUACACCUGCUCCACAGCGACAUCCUCAGAUGACCUAGACAGCCACCAGACUCCUCACCAGGGCCUGCGGUGGGCCCAGUGGACUCAGCCACCCAGGGAUGCUCUCAUAGCUGAAGGUUAAGGGCCUAACCAUUCAACAGUUACCAACCAUGUGUCACAGAAGCCCUCUCACAUAGACACACAUAGACCAUCCUGGGUGUCUGUGUCACUGGGCAGUUCUGAGUUUGGAGUUUUCCUUUUUGAUGUGGUUCUUAUAGCUGGAGAGAGGCAGUUCCAAAUUCAGAGAGGAGAUGGGCUUGGAGGAGAAAGCUGCAUAGGUUUGCCGACAAGGGCAUGAAGUUUGUACUUAGGGCGGCUGGGAGAUGCAUUCCAAGCCACAGAGGAGAAUGCUUGGCAAAGGCCUGGUGUAGCAAUGGAUGUCACUGUAUCCCACCCCAGAACGCGUGUCCUGAAGCCCAAGUCUGAAGACUGAGGCUCCAUUCCAACUGGAGGAGGAGUAGACUUCACCACCCAGGCUGCUGGGAGCUGGGCACUCACCCUAUCCUACUACCUUUCCUGCCCCUCCUUGUGACACUACUGUCCUCCUGGUGAAGGCUUGUGAAGCAAGAGUGGACAGUCCAAGUCGGGAUCAUCAAAUCCAUUUUGUAAAUCGGCAAACACAGCAACCUUCCAUCAGUCAGAGAAACGACGCUGUGCGUUCCCUUAACACCUCCCUAGUGAGGGAGAAGACCCUGCUCCACGCUGCUGUCCACCCCUGCAGUGACCCUUGAAUGCCACUCCCUGGGAGGACUCACUCAUUUGCUUCGUAGUGGCAAAUACUCCUCUAGUUCUAUAACUCAACUAGACAUUUUGUAGUAAAGAAUUCUUGAAAUUCUCUAAUAAAAAGCAAUUCUUACUGUAAUAUUUUUAGUUUGGGGACAAAAUUUCCUAAGGGGGGAUUAAUUAACAUUUUUAUGCAUUAGCCCACUGUAUGGAUUCCAUGUUUAUUAUACGGUAGUACUGAUGAGCAGUACCUUUCUAUCUGUACCUUGCACAGUUCCUUCAUUACUCAUGUCAGCUUCAUGAAAAGCAGUGUUCUUAUAACUGCUUCUUCUGUACAAAUCUCAUCGUUCUACUUACCUGUCAAAGCACAUUCUAUAUGUACUGUAAACAGAUACCACUUUAGUAAGAUUUAGUCUUAAGGAUUUUUCCACUUUUGUCAGUAACAGAUAUUUAUGGAUUAAAAAAAAAUAAAGCCGUUUCAACAUAAA